AUGGGAGUCAACAGAAUGUAUAAAGAAUUUGCAACUUAUUGUAAACAGGAAAUUCGAGAAGCAUUAAUGGUAUUUGUUCAUCCUGAGAAUUAUCCUAUCGAAAUUCAUUGUACUCAAGGAAAAGAUAGAACAGGAAUGGUCUCUGCUUUAAUUAUGGCUAUUGCAGGUGUACCAGAGGAUAUUAUUGUGAAUGAUUAUGCAAAAACACAAAAAGGUUUAGCGUCUAUAUAUGAUGACAUGGUAGAAGAAGUCAGAAAAGCAGGCUUAUCAGAUGACUUUGCACAAGCACCACCACAGAAUAUGAGAGAUUUAUUAAAUUUCUUUAAAAGUGAAUAUGGAACAGUUGAUAAUUAUUUAGAUUCAAUUGGAUUUACCAAAGAUCUUCGUGACCGUGUUAGAGAAAUUAUUUGUAUAUAA